AUGGCUGAGCAACUCUCUACCCCGCGAAUCACCGCUUCCUACCUCGACAGCUUCGUCGGGCGCGUCGUCAUGCUCGUCGGCAAGGUCACGCAGCUGCGAGGCGACCAGGCCACUCUAGACUCCGAUGGAACCGUCACAGUGCUGCUGAACCGGGACGCCCAUCUCGCCAAUGGAAGUACUGUCCAGGUCAUUGGCAAGGUCAAUCCUGACCUCUCGAUCAAAGUGCUGACUUCGAAGGACCUUGGAACUAACGUGGAUUUCGGUCUCUAUACCUCCGUCGUCGAGGCCACCCAUCGACACAAGGGAAUCUUUGUCUCGGACAAUUGA